AUGACGACCUACAAGAUAAUAAUCAACAAGAUAAAAACCUGCAAGGUAAUGAUCAACAACUUGAUAAAAAUCAACAAACUGUCAAUACAAGAGCUGGACCUAGUUAUUCAAAUAUAGAAAAUGCUGAAAUUAGUAAUAAUGAAGUUAGUGAUGAAGAUAGUUAUGAGGAGGAGAAAGAGGAAGAAGAAACAAAUAACAAAACUCCUGACAAAAUUGAUAGUUCUGAAGAAAAAAUUUCAAUAGAUUCUUUGUAUGAACUUUUUCAGAGAGUCUUCAUAAAUGAUUCUUGGAAUUAUCCAUCACCGAUUGAAAAACUGUAUUAUUUAGCAAGAAUCUUUCCUCUUGCUUUACCAAAGAAGCAUUUUAGAUGGGUUCAUGGUACAAAUAAAAAAGAAAAACAAUGUCAAACAAAUAAGCA